AUGGCUUCCGACGGCAUGCAUGCAGCAUCCUUCGACCGGGCCAAGCAAGAGGGUGAUGCGGCCAUGCAGAGACAAGCCUUCAAAGAAGCGGAGCAAUGCUACGCCCAGGCCCUGAUAUGUAGAUCCGAUGCUGCUGUUUUUUGCAAUCGUGCCUUCGCCCGACUGCGCUUGGAGCGUUGGCAAGCAGCAGAGGAAGAUGCGACUGCGGCGCUUCAGUUUGAUUUGGAGGAGAAGUUGAGGAUCAAAGCACUAUUCCGACGCGGCCUCGCUCGGGAGGCUUUAGGCCACCUGCAAGCUGCCAGCGACGACCUGAACGCAGCACUUAGAGCCGCGCCUGGAAAUGCUUCCAUCUCGGAAUCUGCCCGGCGCAUCUACAGCAAACUGCCUCGGCUGUCUCAGAAGUGGGUGCCGGGGCAACCCUUUCAUAGCUCUGCGGUGGAAGCCUUGGCGAGUGCGAUCCCGGGCAGCGUUGUGGGCUAUUUGUGGACACAAAGCCAUCCAUGCAUACGUUUCCCGAACCACAUGGCCGUGCAAGCCCACGAGCGUACGGGCGGCUUGCUGGCUCUUCGUGAGAGCCUGGGUGCCCCUCAGCGCGCCCCGAGGCACAAAGAAGUCGCGACAAAGAAGCACGACUUCUGCGAGUCACCAAACUUUCAGCACAAAGACGGGCUGAGUGUGGAAUACGAUGUCGGUGGGAACUUGGCCAAGAUAUAUUCCAAGUUCGCGGAGGACUAUGCCGGUCCCUUCAUCGCAUUCAACGCCGACGCAUCAAUCAGCUUGCGCGAGACCUGCGUCUACAAGGAAGGCCGGGUGGUGAGCAAGCUCAAGUCAGACAUUCCGGAGGACUUUGUGGCUAAAGCGCUCCGCAUGUUGGUCGUCCCCGUCAAGAAGGCCUUGGGCAUCGGCCUGGCACCAAACGAGGAGGAGCGAAUGCCAGAGGGGAGCAUGCGGUGCAGCUUCGAACGGAGAGGCGAAUGCAUGGGGGUGACAACGAGGCAUGGUGAUGAUGAUGAUGAUGACAAGUGCUUGAGCAAAAGCUUCUCUGACCACGAUCGACGAUGGUAG